AUGACCGAUUCGCCAGUCUCAAUUCAACCUGAAUCCAGCAGUGCAAUUAACAGGAUGACGAUAAGACCUCCACCAUUCUGGUUACAUAAUCCUCUAUUGUGGUUUGCCCAGUUAGAGUUCGUCCUCGCACAAAUAUCGGCGGACGAAACUAAGUACAGCUAUGCGGUUGCAGCACAUACAGAAGAUCUAGCAGCAGAAGUACAAGAUAUGCUAGCUGCACCACCGGAUAUCGAUCGUUAUGCCUCCAUUAAAAACGCAUUAAUAACGCGUUUGUCACAAUCAGAGGCAAAACGGCUAGAGAAGCUACUGCGCACUGAAGAACUCGGAGAUCGCACUCCAUCACAACACUUACGACGUUUGCGCACACUGGCAAGUAACACUGUAACUGAUGGUGUGCUACGAAAUAUAUGGUUGUCUCGGUUGCCGUCAGAUACUCAAAAAAUUCUCACGGUAUGUGCAGGCGAUUUAAACGCACUGGCACAAACGGCCGACAGGUUAAUUGAAAUGUAUCCCACAUCAAGUGUCUCAACAUUAACGCCACAACAAGAAAAUUCGCCCACAGUGACGCUAGUCUCCCUACAAUCACAACUGGCAGAGUUGACCGCACAGGUAGCUGUAUUACAGACAGCGCACAACCGCCAACGGCCACGCCGCCGACGGUCACGAAGUCGCCAUCGAUCACCAUCACUACAGAACUUACGCUGGUUCCACAAGACAUUUGGUAAUGAUGCACGAAAGCGUACGCCACCUUGCAAGUGGAAACAUUAG